AUGGCGAGCAGUCCUAAGAUCAGGCGCUCCCCAAAAAACAAUUCGGCCACCCCUGUUCACAUUGUCCAGUGGAACUGUCGGGGCUUCCGGUCCCGCGCGAAGCGGGCGAAUCUCCGACAUUUCCUUUCAACUCUCGACUCGCUUCCGGCGGUGGUUGCCCUCCAGGAGCCAGGGAGCGGCGCCACCCUUACAAGCUACAUCACCUUCCAGCAGGACCCCUCUUCCUGCGUCUGUGUGCCUAAAAAUUAUACAGCUAAUCUAGUCGACUUGGAACUUGAAACUGAAUAUUCGUAUGUGAUGGUUACACUUCUUCCGCUCAAGAAACACGAUGCACCACUCCACAUACUCAACAUAUACUGUUCCCCCAGACUCAAAAAUAUAACGUUCGCAGCGCUCUUUAGCCGCGCUCUAAAGGCUGCGGGCAGGGACCCCCUGAUGAUUGUGGGCGAUUUCAACGCCCACAGUACUCUCUGGGGGUACGUGCGUGAGGAGAAGCGUGGACGCAAGCUAGCGGAACUUACGUCCACGCUGGGCCUGACUCUCCACACCGACCCUGCAUAUCCAACGCGGGUGGGUAACUCCGUGACCCGGGAUACGUGUCCGGAUCUUACCUUUACCAAAAACAUUAGACACGCAGAAUGGGCCAACACCGAGGAAACCCUCGGGAGUGACCACUGCCUUAUCACUACCACCGUAAUGACUAAACCAUUGGCAAGACCACACGCACAAGCUGGGCUCCCCGACUGGAAUAAGUUCCGGCAAAGAUACAUCAAUUCGGCCUCUAUCCGCGAACAAGGAUACCACGCGUGGGCACAAGAAUUGGUUACACACCUUCGUUCGACGGAAACCCAAAUUCAACUCUCGGAGGCAAAGCCGGAGGUAGACAACCACCUUCUGCACCUCUGGGAGGCGCGGCACAGCCUCGUCCGCAAAUGGCGCCACCAAAAACAUAAUAGAAAGCUCAAAAUUCGCAUUGCCGAGCUCACCCAGCGAGCGGCAGAGUACGCGGCCCAGCUCGCCGACUCGAACUGGGUGGACCGCUGUAACACGGCGGCCAGACAAAUGUCUAGCCGGAGCACGUGGCGCCUCUUCCGCGCCCUAAUUGACCCGACUCAAACACGCGCCGAGACACAAAAACAUCUCCAACGAGCUAUUCAUAGCUUCGAUGGAGAUACCUCAAAAUUAGCGUACAAACUACGCGACCAGUACCUUUGCACUCAACAGGACCCCCGAGGGCCCGCGUACUCGUAUGCAGGUUCAGAGAACGCGGAGCUGGAUCAGCCGUUCCAGCUGCAUGACCUGAAGGCGGCCCUAGCUAAAAUGAAACGAGGAACGGCACCGGGACGGGACAAGAUAACCGUGAAACUGCUUGCCAAUCUUCCCGACCCCACCUACGAUACCCUCCUCGCUUUCAUCAACUCGAUCUGGCUUGACACCAUGUUUGGUUUCCGCCCGCACCGGUCCGCGCAGGAUGUUCUGCUUCAACUCGACCGAGAAAUUCUCAACCCUGUCGAAUACCCCCUCAACGAUAAGGCUAUACUCGCCCUAGACUUGAAGGGGGCUUUCGACAAUGUCACACACGAAAUUAUCCUGCAACAUCUCUCCCAGACCAACUGUGGACAUAACACAUUCCAGUAUGUCAAGCAAUUUCUCUCGGAUCGACAAUCUUUCAUCCGAAUCCAAGACGAAGAACAUGGCCCCUAUCAACUGGGAACGAGAGGUACCCCACAGGGCGCGGUCCUCUCGCCGUUACUUUUUAAUCUGGCCAUGAUGAAGCUUCCGGCUCAGCUGGCGAAGGUCGAAGGCGUCCAGCACGCGCUGUACGCCGACGACAUAACCAUCUGGGCCAAACACGGAUCGGUUGGAGACAUUGAGGCCAACCUGCAGCAAGCGGCGGAGAUCGUGGACGUCUACGCCCGCCGCUGCGGCCUUCAGUGCUCCCCAUUCAAAUCCGAAUUUGUGCACAUUCGCCCGUCGCCUAAGUGCACCACCAAAAUGGAGCUAUUCCUGGCCAGCGGCCCGAUACCCGAACACGAUGAGAUUCGAGUGCUUGGUCUCUUUAUCCACAAACACAAACGAGUUGAUACAACAACAGCCAAAUUGCGUAAGGUGGGGGACCAGUAUGACGAGAACGCCCUCGAGGUGAUUCUCAGGAAGAUGUACAAGCGUGCCCUUGAUCUCCCGAUAACCACGUCCAACCACCGCCUCAUGGGCCUGGGGAUGCAGCUCGUUAUUGAUGUCAAUGCCUGCAAUGUCAAUGACCGGUUUUUGAGAAGCGAAACACUCAAUGACGUCCUCCAAGGCUUCAGCGUUGGCGAUGGAAGUGCCGCGAAAAAGAUGUCGAUGCUCAUUGGGCCCUUCAACCUCUGGGCUGUCGGGUCAGGGAGCCUCUCCACGCGUGGCGAGGCCUCUAGCAAGGUCACAAAGCCUGCACAGGCGGGCAUCCAGUGCCUCUUCCGAGGCAAUGGACACUACACAAUGCUCCUCGGCGUUCUCAGCGUCGAAAGAGCAACGCGGCUCACUUGA